ACGUUCGUGAAACUAAUCUUUCUUCUUGCCAGUUGGCUAAAGGGUACUACUGCAGACACAAUGUAUUCUUUGUUUGUUCUUUGCAUGUUGGUCGUUGCUGCAACGGCGCAGACAACAGCAAAAAGUACUCUAACCAUCAUCGACUACCUUACAGCUCGGCGCAACACCAACCUUGUUAAUCUUAUUCAGCAAGCAGGGCUCACAGACACCCUUAAGGGAUCCGGACCAUACACUCUGUUUGCGCCCCCCGAGAGCGACCUAGCCAAUUUGGACACAAGCGACAAGACAAAACUGGCAGCCCUUCUCAAAUACCACGUUGCUAAUGGUCAGUACAAACGAGCGGACUUUUACAAUGAGAUGAGUCUGACUACUCUCCAGCCCAGCUCGGAGCUCAGAGUCAACGUGUAUCUCGCUAAAGGGAUCAUGACCGUGGAGAUCAUUACCGUGGAGGGUCAGACCAUGCAGUCAUCUGAUGCGGUUAUGAGUAAUGGAAUAGUUCACUUCAUCAAAGGCGUGAUGACGCCACCCACGGGAACUGUGUUAGACGUUGUCUCAAAAGAAGCAAAUCUCACCACGCUCGCCUCAGUUAUCAAGAGUGCCUCUUUGGAGAACUUCUUUCAAGAUCAAAAGCCCAUUACCCUCUUUGCCCCAACUGACGCAGCCUUUAACAAACUCGGAAGUGCAACUGUACAAGCGCUUGUCGCCGACCCUGCACUUUUGAAAAGUGUUCUGCAGUACCACGUGGUCCCAGGGACACUGUACAGGGCGUCUUAUCACUCCUCCUACCUGCACACCUUUGAGGAGGCCGACCGGAUCAGGCUAAGUCAAUUCCUCUUCUUUAGCUACGAGGCCGACAAUGGCAGCAUGGUGGGCAACGAACUGAGUGCUACAAAUGGAGUUGUCCAGGUCAUUGAUGAAGUCCUCAUCCCAAGCUCAUUGUCUGGCCAGGUGAAGGCUUUGACUGCCGGAACAACGACUGCAGUUUGAAGACGUCAGCUUGAAUUCCCAUGUAAUUUUGAUUGAAUAAAAUCAUGCAUCAUA